AUGGACUCAUCGCCGCCACCGAAGCGACCGCGAUUGUCCCUCGCUUGCAACAAAUGUCGAAGCAGGAAGGUCAAAUGCGAUGCCGAGUAUCCUCGGUGCCGUAAUUGCCAGACUCGCAAUGAUGAGUGUUUGACAGAAGACCCCAGACGGCCGGGAAUAUCUGUCGUCCGGGAGUGGAUCGAGGGUCCAAAGCAAUCAGAAGCGCAGCCGCAAGCGCCGUCUGUAGCACACGAAAGCCCAGUCAAUGACAGGCGUGGUCGACCUCCUAUCGCUGCAUCAAGGUCGUCGCCGUCGGUCGCAGAACUCUCUGCGCCGGCCGGGUCAGCGAACGAAGCAGCGACCAUUUCGCCGUUCCAUCAACCCCAUGAGAUGUCAUUCAACCUCGACCAACAGACCAAUCGUAUCAAGAUGAUGGGAUCCAGCAGCAACCAGACCCUAGUCAAAUCGCUCGACGUGUACUUGCAACGAGCCAAGCUGGGAUCUUUAUCCGAAUACUUUGUGCACGGCAUGCGACAUGCAGAAGAGAUGACUGUUCCCGCCGCCGCCUCGGCCUUGACGCCAUUGCCAACCAUCGACGUCUGCAUCUUAUACAUGGCCAACUACUUCAAGCGAGUGCACAUCCUCUUCCCCUUGUUCGAUGUUGAUUCACUCAGGAGCAGCGUCUGCCGCCUAGCCGCGAUGUCUAGUCUGCAAACAUUACCGGCCGAACAACUACCCAUUUUGGCCACGGCGUAUCUCGUCCUCAGCCUGGGUGCCGAUGAAGGAUCGCCGCACCCGACGGCCGACGGGGAUAGAUAUCUUCUGGCGGCAACAGCCCUGUUGGUGUAUGUCUUUCUUAUGCCAUAUCUCCCUUCAGUCCAGUGUCUGCUCAUGUUCGCGAUCUCCUACCGCGGCCGCAACAAGGACGGCGUGGCAUGGCAGAUGACUGGGAUGGCGAUCCGCAUUGCUCACACUCUAGGGCUUCAUCGCUUUUCCUCAGCCCGGCCCUCAUUCCAGCACGGUAUCCAGGGGAAGCAGGCGCAGCUUUUCCACGCACGGAUAUGGGGCAUAUGCUGCUGCCUGGAAAAGAUCAUGCAACUUGAGUCUGGAAGACCUUCCGCUAUUGCCAUCGUAGAUCGCGAUCAAAUGAUGGGCCCCGAGCAGCAGCCCAAAGGACACGACUUCCUACAGUGGAGUGUUGGACUUGCCCAAAUCCAAGGUCUUAUAAGCGAUCAUAUAUGCAGCCAGACAUCGGAGCCUAGAUCGGCCUUACGGCUCUUACGUGACACUGCCCGCCUGGACAAGCUCUUGGUCUCUUGGGUCGACGACAUCCCUUAUCAAUUCCGACCGGGAGCAGACUUGUUGUGCCCGCCGGAAGAGUUCCACAUGGCGGCUCAUUUAUCCAUCCAAUACAACCAGGCCCUCAUCGCUCUCCACCGGGCGGGCUUGAUCGCUGCGACCGCCAGCUUUCAAGCCGAGGUUACCUGCCUUUGUGCAGAUGACCCUUCUAUGUACCGAGUCAGAGAGGGCGAAUCGAUCUGUGUGAACAGCGCCCGAGCCAUAGCGCGCCUUACUGUCGAAAUGGCGGAGCGGAAAACCAAUAGUCGCCUGAUUUCUGCCGGGCCUCAAUUACUAGCCUGCGUAGUAUUGGCCUUCUUCCUCAUGAAGGCCUCUUCUCGCAGAUCCCAGGCGGCCGAUCUUGAGCUCCUGAGAGCAUCUGCUGAGUCGGUGGCGGAGCAGUUUCUCAACUGGGGCAUGGAUGCGCGAUUCUCGGAAGGUGCGUGGUCUACGAUAUUGGGACGGGAUGGGGUACCACUCUUACUGACCUUGUGGCCAGCGCCCCUCGCAAUCUACCGACGAGUUUCGUCACAUUUGGAAGACCUACGGCGCAGACAAUCGCGGCCAUCCGACACCGUACAAAGCAACGUUGAUCUCUCAACUAUUGUAUACACUGAAAGGACUGAUUUGAAUCCUCAGGUCGGCACGUCAGGGCCUUAUGUUGAUGCCUCCCAACAUCCUUGCGGGCACGACGCAGAGAUUCUCGGUUAUGGCUCCUGGCAGGGAAACUCAGCGCAUGCUUUGCAGAUGGCCCCGCCAUAUUCAGAAGCCAGAUCGGGUCAAUGGGGAGAGUCAUCCCUGGAGGACAACGUGCCAUUCACAGGGCUUAACGUUGAAGGUCUGUGGAAUUGGCUAGCCACGGAUACCACCGAAGCCAACGGCGAGAUUGAUUGGACACAGUUUUCAAACCAUCUUCAGCAAUUGUGA